AGAAUCCCCUCGCCUAGCCAAUUGCGGCCCGUUCCGCUGUACCUAGCACGGUUUGGCGAGUCCUCCCCCUCUCUGUGGGAUCAUAACUCGAUAUUUAAGCCCGCUUCUAAGUCCUCAAUCAAAACAUCAUCUGCGCCAUCGUUUAGCCAUCCAUCUCUCAAGAGUAACUUUGCACACCCUCCAUCAUGUCUGGGGCUGGCGCAACAUCAUCGAAGCUGGCGGAGGAGAAGCGCCUUGCUGAAGCGGCCGACACCGAAGCAGCCGGCGAACAGUUGCCUAGUAAAGCAGCUGAGGAGCCCGCGGCUAAAGCGGCCGAGGAGAAGCUGUUAGUUGUGGAUAGCCUGGAAUCUCCGACAGCGCCUCCCGCUGCAAUUCCUUCGACUGCGACUCUGACAGCCGGGACGCCUCCCGCUGCUACGACAACUGUGCCUGUUCUGCCAGCCCACCACUGGACUGAAGCCCCUGAUGAUGGUUUAGACGAUAAUGACUCGGCGCUUGGCGACGGAGCAGAUUCGACAGCAUCCCUUUCGUCCAGCAUCCUCAGCUAUCGGACCAUCCAGGGCCGGACGUAUCACAGCGAAAUGGGCAAUGCGCAGUAUUGGGGCUCGAACGAUGAGGGCCACAACGAGUCCCUCGACAUCUUGCAUCAUGUAUUCACUCUAGCCCUGGAAGGCAAACUCUACUUGGCACCAAUCAAAGAACCGAAGAAAGUACUCGACGUUGGAACCGGCACAGGAAUCUGGGCUAUCGAUUUCGCCGACGCAUUUCCAGGUAGCGACGUGAUUGGCACGGAUGUUUCCCCCAUCCAGCCUACCUGGGUUCCACCAAAUCUCAGAUUCGAGAUAGAAGACUGCACGCAAGAGUGGACUUUCCACGAAAAUGAAUUUGACUACAUUCACAUUCGGUACAUGGUUGGGAGUCUUACAAAUUGGCACGCUCUCUUCAAAGAGGCAUACAGAUGCCUUAAGCCCGGUGGCUGGUUCGAAAGUUACGAAGGCUCUCCAAGCCUACAUUGCGACAAUGAUACCAUCCCUCCAACCAGCGCACUGGGCCAGUGGGGCCCACUGUUCAUCAAUGGCGGCCGCCAAAUCGGUCGAAGUUUCACGGUGGUUGAAGAGGAGAUACAAAGGAAGGCCAUGGAGGAGGCUGGUUUUGUUGACAUCCAGGAAAAGUCAAUCAAGGUUCCUAGCGGUAGCUGGCCGGAGGAUCCGCGUCUGAAGGACAUGGGGUCAUUCUCCAAACUAGCCGUCAUGCAAGAUGCUGAAGGCUUCAUCUUGUUCAUGACCAACGUUCUAGGUUGGCCUAGACAACAGGUUGAUGUGUUUAUUGCACAUCUGCGAAAGGAGCUCCGAGUUUGCAAGUAUAACUACUACUACAACCAGAGGGUUGUGUGGGGCCGGAAGCCCGAACUUUAGUUGUCAGAGCAGCACCAGCGUUUGCAAAGUCAUUCUUCU